UAUUAACCAAUAUUUUACUCGGAAAUACCUGAUUGCAUAGGUAAUUUACAAAUAAACAUUAGAAUAAAACGGGAAUGACCACAAUAAAGUCAUCAUUAGCGGUACAUAGUUUCGCUGGUCCAUGUUCACUGAGCGAGCAACAAGAAAAGAGUACAAUCGAGUGCAAAUUCGCUCAUCUCCGCGAAAAUUACAAAUAUUUGCAGGAGCAUCCUGAAAUAAAAACUUUUAUCAAAUUGUUGUUGCAUGCAGUGGUCUUGGAAAGGCCGUUCGAAGUGCGACCGUUUCUAUGCAAAUACAUCGAUGAUAAUUUCAAAGAUAUUAAAAAAAUAUUGGAGAGGAAAGGUGGCCCGAUAAGCAAAAAAGGCAAACCCGUAUCUAUGGCUAUUUUUAACAAGUGGAAACACAGCAGCAUCGCGAAGAGGGAAGCCUCACUAUGUAAAGACGCCGAAGAAGAAGAUGAUAUUCCAGAUUUCGGUGUUUAUUCUGAUGUCAUUUUAGAUCCCAAAAUUAUCGACUCUCUAAUGCCAAAUACUUCGAUGGAAAAGAUUUGCGAAAGACGUCAAACGAAAAUUGAUAAGUCGAAGUUUUCAGAACUGUUGAGCGAAUGGUUAAGUACGAGUGAAGGUAAUCAAGAGCAAUUUGUCGAGAAAAAAUUGAGAAAAUCGUCUUUUAAAGACUUUAAUUGUUAUCUUGCAGAAAUGCGCGACAAAGGCUUCCUACGAAAGCCCCCGAAAUUAUCUAAGUACGAACAAGAAUUAUUGAUGAUCAGAAUGACAGUACUUGUGGGCGAUAUUUCAUAGGAAAUUUAGAUUUUACUAACAUUUUAUAAAUAUACCUAAU